AUGAAUAGCUCAAGAGUGUUGUCUAGUGCUCAACAAACUUCAACCAAUAACGAAAGAUUGUCUCAUUCAAACUCAAUUGAAAAUAUAAAUCGUGAGCUUCACUCAACUAGCAAUUCAAUUAUACAAUUAACUGAUGAUGAAGAAGAACAAAAUGACAUUCCAGUUAAUUCAGAUAAAACAAAAAUAUCAUUUCAUGUAAAUAAUGAACAAAAAUUACAAAUACCUAUUAAACAGAAAAGACAUUUGACAUCAGAAGACAAAAGACAAACAAUUUCACCGCACAAACAAUGUCUAACACUGAGUAUAGCUGUUAAAAAACAAUCGUCCACAAACUGUUCUCCAGUUAGAACAGGUGCAAAUCCAACAAUGCAAACACCAAUAUCGUUACUAGCUUCUUCAUGUAAUGAUACACCGAAUGAAUCUCAGAUCGACAGACAAAUGACAAAUGAGUAUUCGAAUUUAGCAUUCGUUGAUACUUCUAAUACACAACAUUGUUAUGAGAAUGAAAACUGUACUCAACCGUUGUCUUCGGAAUCAAAUGAUGUGAAUAAUAUUGCAAAACAAAAUACUCCACAGUCAUCUAAAAUGAAUGCAUAUCAUUCAAAUACAAAUACUAGCGAAACAGGCGAAACAUUUCAAAAUAUAAACUGUACAGUAUUAAAACGUUCUCGAAUGACAACAUCACCUGUAAAUAGAGAAAAAGAGUCAACUUCUACAAGCAAACGUUUGAGGCCAACAUCAGACGAUGCAGAUGUGACGACUAAGAACCUUCCAAGAGUAACGAUAACUCCAUCGUUACAUCAGUUACAAAGAAGAGGUUCUGAAACAAAUAGUACAUCAACUGCUGACCAUUUACCGCAUACUUCCACAAAUAAUAAUUCAAAUGGAAUAAAUAUGAAACAACAAAAGUCAACAUAUAGAAGAAAUUUUUCUAAUUUAUCAUCGUUCAAUACGAACACGAGAACGAUAUGUAGCAUUCGAGAGCCGCUUCCACUUGAAUCGUCAUACGAAACAGCAUCGACAAUAAACACAAACUCUGAAAAACGGCAAACACCAGUAAAUAGUUUGAGUAUAACUCAAACAACAUCUCCACAAUGUUCAAUUUAUUCUUAUAAUACAGUUACAAGUUCAAUGAAUACAUUAGUUAUCGUACCUGACAAUGAUAUGGAAGACGAUUCUAAACCAGAUAUGAUUGAGAUUGACAUCAAUAAAAGUAUAUCCAUACCUUUGACGAAAACUCAAAGCUUGCCAAGAGAAAAUACAACACUUUCAACUAGUGCAUCAUCUACGACAGCAGCAACCUCAGGUUCAUCGUCGAACAAUACAGAUCAAGAUAUAAUUACAUUAUUAAAAGGAGAUAUCGAACGUUCAAAUGACAGAGCAAUAAUAAUUGAGACGCAAACAAAAGAAGAUUCAUCAAAGUCAAUAGCCACGAUGCCUGCUUUAACACCUUCUAGUCCUGUUUCAAUCUCUCCAAGUGUUAUGAAACAAUUUCUGUAUUAUUUUCGUUCGGCAGCCAAGAACCAGUUAAAGAAACAAUCUCAACCUUCGUUAUCCUCGGAUGUUAGUUCUAGAUUGAGGCAAGCAUUAGUAGAAAUUAAUAAAAAUUAUAAUGUUCUGUCGUCUACCAAUACAACAGCAAAGACAGAAGUAGAAGAUCAACAAUCUCCCAAAUCAAGUGCUUCAACAUGUUCAUCAAAUGUCGUAAUAUCACAGCCGUCAAACCAACAAAAAGAAGUAAAGGUUGAAAUCCAUCCAAGACGUGAAAACAUCAUUAAUUCGGCUUCAGUACCGAAAGUUGUGCCAUUUGAAUCUUCAAUAAAAACGACAAGUCUUCCAUCACAAACAAACAUUCCUAUUUCUACAUUGCCUAAACAAUCUGCCUCGCAUAUUUAUCUCUCUUCAUAUCAAGAGCAAAUUCCACGAACAUCAUCUACAGUAAUUCAAUUACCAAAUAUAUCUAUUUCUCAAGAAAACUCUUCAGAAGGAACAAACCAACAUCAGAAAUCAAAUAGUGAUCAACAAAAUGCAUUGACAUCUUUUCUUGUACAAUCGAUCAUUCCUAUUUAUCUAAAACAUCAACAAAUAUCACCAAUUAUUGAUUUCAAUCCAAUUUAUCUUGCUGAAGAUUUAUUCAUUGAAAGUAAACGUUUGUAUCAAACACGUCGAAAAAUAAAACAAGAAGAUGCUAUAUCGUCAUUACCUAUGAAUUCAAUAAUAUCUAAACAUUCAAGUCAAAAUCAACAAUCUAGAUCAACAUUAUCGUCAAAAGUGACAACACCGAGAUUAACAUUACAACGAAACAAUAGUAAUAGACGUUUACUGCAAUUUGGUCGAUAUGAAAUUGAAACAUUUUAUAGAUCAGCUUAUCCAUUUCGGGAACAAUGUGAUACUAGAUCAAGUGGUACAAACUUAAAUCAACAAUCAUAUUCAUCAUUAGAGUUAAAUUUAAUAAAAAAAAUAUAUGUAUGCGAAUAUUGUUUAAAAUAUUUUCAUGAUGAAGAAUAUCCAUGGCAAAGACACUUAAUAAAAUGUCCAUGGACGAAUCCAUAUGGUCUCAAACUAUAUGAAACAGAUAAACUAGCAUUAUACGAAGUAAAUGGCAAUAGUGAACAUCGUAGUUUUUGUCAAAAUUUAUGUUUAUUAGCUCGAUUAUUUAUUGAUAGUAAAAAUGUUGAUAAAUAUGUUGAUCGAUUUUUGUUCUAUAUACUAUAUCAAAAAGAAAUAUUACCAUUCAGAAAUCAUUCAUCAUCAAUUGUAUCAAGUUCAAAUCAGAAACAACAACCAUGUAAUUAUCAAAUAAUUGGCUAUUUUUCCAAAUUAAAAUUUUCAAAUAAACGUGAUCAUCUAAAUUUAUCAUGUUUGUUAGUAUUGCCACAAUAUACUAAGCAAGGAUUUAGUAAAAUAUUAAUUGAAUUUAGUUAUUUACUAUGUCAGUUAGAAAAUAAAACAAGUACACCUGAAAGACCAUUAUCUGAUUUAGGUUUAUUAUGUUAUCGUUCUUAUUGGCGUGAAAAAAUAUUACAAUUUAUUAUUGAAAUUGAUUAUAUUGAAACAGAAAUAUCAUUGACUGAAACAGUCAAAGAUGAUUUAAAUUCAAUUUCAAUGAAAGAUAUUCGAUAUUGGACGGGAUUUUUAACAAAAGAUAUUUUAAGUACAUUACAAUAUUUUGGAUUAAUACGUAUACAUGAUAGAACAUUUUAUAUUAUUAAAAAACAUUCAUUAUAUGUUGAACAAAAACGAAAACAACAACAACAUCUCAUACGUCUUGGUGUAAUCAUGAAACAUGUUACUGCUUUACAAAAUCGCUAUGAAAGAAAGAAAAAUUUAUUGAAUACGUGGGAAUUAAAACAAUUACAACAAACAUUGACAACAACAAUUUAUAAUUUAUUUCAAAAUUAUGAUUGGAGUUUUUUCAUUGACUACACAUGUUUACAUAAUAUUGAUGAGAAAAAUUUACGAAUCUACAAAGAAAAAUUAUUAAAAAAAUAUGUUUUACACUGGAAUCAUUUUGAAGAAGACGAAAAUGAAAUACGAAUGAAAAAUAUGAAAAAUAGUAGUGGUGAAAGUGAUAAUCAAAAGGAAGAACAAGAUGAAAUUAUUAUUCUUUUAGAUUAA